AUGCGACCGUAUCCAGGGACCAAUUUGAGCACCGAUAAGCGAAUUUUCAACUAUCGUUUAUCUCGUGCAAGGAGGGUAGUGGAAAACACAUUUGGACAGUUGACAUCAAAAUUCCGAAUUUAUAAUAGACGCAUUCAUGCUUUACCAAAAAAUUUUGAUAAUAUAAUACUUUCUACGUGUAUCCUUCAUAAUUUUAUUAAAAAAUAUGACAAAGAAACAAAUUUGUUUGCAGAAGUUGCAAGCACAAACGAAACUCUUGCAGCAUACGACGAUUUACCAGCUGUCGGUUUAAAUGCUUCAAGAGAGGCUUUUUAUGUAAGGGAUACGUUCAAAUCUUAUUUUAUUUCUCCAGCUGGCGCACUGCCUUGGCAAAACAAUAGAAUUUAA